AGAACAAAAGCUUUACGUAAGAACUUGUUAUCUUCCUUCUUCCUUUUACAUUUAUUAUUUGUGGGGAUUAUGUGUACAGCAGUUAAUAUGAAAGCAAUGAAAAUGCAAAGCCGUCAAGAAACUCGAAUGAAGAGAAGAAACGUUUCUGCAAUAGGUUGCUCAUUGUUGGUUGUGUUAUCUGCAAUCAGUCAUGCAGCUUCCUUAGAAUGCUAUAGCUGUUCUGAUGCUGUUAAUCUAGAUGCAUGUACAGCUGCAGAGACCUGCAGAGACGGACAGGUUUGUUUCAAAAAGCGAGAGUUUACAAAUCAAGUUCAGUUUGACAUGGGUUGUAUUGACAAAAAGGAUUGUGGCCAGUUCGCACAAACUCGAAAUGCUUCAGAAAUUUUGAAAAUGAGUGCUGACAAAAGAAGUUAUUGCUACGAAUGUUGCUCGAAAGACAGAUGUAACAAAGAUAUUUGUGAAUAUCCUUCACACUCAUUGUGUAAAGAUGAUGAAUCGGUUGAUUGUGCUAGAUUGAACUCUAUGUUUAGCAUUUGCAAAAUUGCAAGAGAAGCAAAGAAAAUGUGCCCCAAAUAUUGCGAGUUGUGUGACCUUGUUGAUGGAAGUUGGUCUCUUUGGUCGCAAUGGUCGUCAUGUGACGUCACUUGCGGAAUUGGUUCAAUAUUACGUCGUCGCUCAUGCACCAAUCCAUCGCCAAAGAAUGGCGGUCUUGAUUGUCCAGGGAAUGGAACCGAAAUGAAGGCAUGUAAACUGAAGUUAUGUCCAGUGCAUGGAGGAUGGACUUCAUGGGAGACUUGGGGAAAGUGCUCUGUAUCUUGCGGUGUAGGUAUGCGGAAUCGAAGAAGGUUGUGUACAAAUCCUCGCCCAGAGCGUUUUGGUAAUCACUGUUUUGGUGACAGUACUGAAUAUGAAUUAUGUUACAAUAGAUUGUGUGCAGGAGUGUGGACAGACUGGCAGACAUGGAGUAACUGUUUUGUAAAAAGCCACCGAAGCGUACAAACUAGGAAUAGGACAUGCUCAAAAAAUGUGUUUACCGAAGAUUGUGAAGGCAAUAGUACAGAAAUAAGAGCUUGCGAAGGAGCAACAUUAUACACGGACUGUUCAGACAUUAAACAGCUAUUGGGAAAACAAAACAAUGGAAUCUACAACGUUACACUAUGGAAAACAAACUUAACUUUGCCUGUGGUCUGUGAUUUCAGUACGGACGGUGGAGGAUGGACGGUUUUUCAAUAUCGUUUUGACGGUAGUGUUGACUUCUACAGAAACUUGUUGGAUUACACAAAUGGGUUCGGUUCUCUCAAUGGUGAAUUUUGGUUAGGCCUUAAGUAUAUCUACGAGAUGCUUACUCAAGGAAAAUCAGAGUUAAGACUUGAUCUGACAGCGGCUGACGGAACAGUAUUUCAAGAAGUAUUUCAGAACUUUCAGCUUGACAACAGCCCGUAUUAUACACUUCAUAUAAACGGCACAGGUGGUCUUGGGUUAUCAACUGAUAAUGGUAGACAUUUUUCGACAUACGACGCUGAUCGUGAUACAAGUGUCCUAAACUGCGCAGUCAGUCGCCAUGGCGGUUGGUGGUAUGGAAGCUGUACUAGUGGAAAUCUCAAUGGUGAAUAUAUUACACCUGGGACAAAAAGCUCGGUCAAUGUGCACAGAUCCAUGUAUUACUAUCCAUUUAAAGAAACAUACUCACUUAGAAUAUCUAGAAUGAUGUUUCGACGCGUGUUGAAGGAUUAAAUUUAGAAUCUACCAUUACAGCAUUAAAGCAUACUUACUACACACUUACUUAUAAAAAAAGUUGUGAAAUAGUGGAAAAUAAGUGGGUCACUACAAUAUAUGGCCAAUAUGUAGCAAACAAUGAUUGUAUAAAUGAUGAAUGUAUUUAUAUAUAUUCUUUAUUCUAUUUUUUUUAAAGAGAAAAUAACCUAAACGACAUAAAAUGUCGUAAUAUUUAUGUUAUUUUUACGUUAAAUCAUAUAUUAACUCUUUAUACAUAAAUCCCUCACAUUUGCAUUUGAUAUGCUAAAUGCUCAUUGAGUUUUACAGUCUCGUUAGCUUCGAUGAAAGGUAAAAUAAGAGCUUUUUUCUAAAAGAGAAUAAAAACAGCAUCCCUAAAGACAAAAUUGUAAAUGUUGCAGAUUCGGUUUGCCUUCGCCUGUUCAUGGAUACAUAAUUGCUUUUACUUUUUAUGCUUAACUGUUAAUGACAUUAUAAUCAUAUAUUCAGCAUCUGUCCAACAUUUUGAUUUUUAAAUCAACGUUUCUAACAUGAUAUGUAUAGAUUCAUUUUCAAACAUUGUUUUUAACAUUUUUAUUUAUCAAAAUUAGUCUGCACAUUGCAUAUAAUCCAAAUGCAUCCAAUUACUAUUAACGGGACCAAUGUUUUAUUUAUAAAAGGAUUAAAUAUCAUACAAUAUAAGCAUUGUAGUUAAAGAGCUUAGCAGAUAACUCAUGUUAAACUUUUUUUUUUACUAUAAAGUAUGUUAAAAAGACAAUACAAAUAAAACUAACCAUGCAUAUUGUUACAUGUUCGUUCCUAAUUUCUCUCUUAGAUUGCAUGUUUAACCCAUAUACCGCCAUUAUUACAGUGCUUAAUAUUCCCUGGAAGAAUGACGCACCAUGUUGUAUUUCUUUCUUGACUAAAAAUGAACAUUUUUUUAUAGGCAAU